UCUUUGAAUAUUCAUUAAUUUUCGCGGGCUUUGAGGGUCACGUGGUCGUUUCGCGCGAAAAGUGACUCCCGGCCGGAAGGAGAAGAAGUUUCUUUACAAGCGGCAGAAAGAGACGCGCGGAACAAUGGCGGAUUCCUCCGAGUCGUACCACAUGGCCACCAGCCCCAGCCGAGCCUCCAGGAGGGGAGACAUGACCUCCAGCCCUGGACGAGACCUGCCUCCCUUCGAGGAUGAGUCGGAGGGGCUGCUGGGGGAAUCGCAUCUGCCCGGAGAGGAGGAGGAGGAGGAGGAGGGAGAUGGAGAGGACCUGAUCGGGGACGGGAUGGAGAGGGAUUACCGAGUCAUCCCGGCGCUGGACCAGUACGAGGCCGAGGGUUUGGACCUGGAUGACGAGGAUCUGUCGGAGCUGUCGCCUGGAGCCAGGGCCGCCGCCGAGGAGGCCAUGAGGAGGAGGGACAGGGAGCAGGGCAUCAGUGGACGUCUGAGGAGAGGACUGCUCUACGACAGCGAAGACGAGGACGACGAGCGCCCGGCGGCUCGGCGGAGGCGAUUGGCUGAGCGGGCAGCGGAGGGCGUCGCAGACGGAGAGGAAGAAGAAAUGAUCGAGAGCAUUGAGAACUUGGAGGACAUGAAGGGUCACACUGUGAGGGAGUGGGUGUCCAUGGUGGCGCCCAGGCUGGAGAUCUACAACCGCUUCAAGAACUUCCUGCGGACACACGUCGACGAGAACGGCCACAACGUGUUCAAGGAGAAGAUCAGCGACAUGUGCAAAGAGAAUAAUGAGAGUCUGGUUGUAAACUAUGAGGACCUCGCGGCCAGAGAGCACGUUCUGGCUUACUUCCUGCCAGAGGCGCCGACUGAGAUGUUGAAGAUUUUUGACGAGGCAGCUAAAGAAGUGGUUCUGGCCAUGUACCCCAAGUACGACCGCAUCGCUCACGAGAUCCACGUUCGUAUCUGUAACCUGCCGCUGGUCGAGGAGAUCCGUUCACUCAGGCAGCUCCACCUGAACCAGCUGAUCCGGACCAGCGGUGUGGUGAGCAGCUGCACCGGCGUGCUGCCUCAGCUCGGCAUGGUCAAGUACAACUGUAAUAAGUGUAACUUCGUGCUGGGACCCUUCUUCCAGUCCCAGAACCAGGAGGUGAAGCCGGGCUCCUGUCCAGAGUGUCAGUCCCUGGGGCCCUUCGAGAUCAACAUGGAGGAGACUGUGUACCAGAACUACCAGAGAAUCACCAUCCAGGAGAGUCCCGGUAAGGUCGCCGCCGGUCGCCUGCCGCGCUCCAAAGACGCCAUCCUGCUGGCCGACCUGGUGGACAGCUGCAAGCCUGGAGACGAGAUUGAACUGACAGGCAUCUACCACAACAACUACGACGGCUCUCUGAACAUGGCGAACGGCUUCCCGGUGUUCGCCACGGUGAUCCUGGCCAACCACAUCACCCGCAGGGACGAGGGCGUCGCCGUGGCCGAGCUGACGGACGAAGACGUCAAGGCCAUCGUCGCCUUGUCAAAAGACGAACGCAUCGGAGAGAGGAUCUUUGCCAGCAUGGCGCCGUCCAUCUACGGUCACGAGGAAAUCAAGAGAGCUCUCGCGCUGUCGCUGUUUGGAGGAGAGCCCAAAAAUCCAGGUGGGAAACAUAAGGUGCGUGGAGACAUCAACUGCCUGCUGUGUGGAGACCCGGGGACGGCCAAGUCACAGUUCCUCAAGUACGUGGAGAAGGUGGCGAGCCGUGCGGUGUUCACCACGGGUCAGGGAGCCUCCGCUGUCGGUCUGACCGCGUACGUCCAGAGACACCCGGUCAGCCGCGAGUGGACGCUGGAGGCCGGAGCGCUGGUGCUGGCCGACCGCGGAGUGUGUCUGAUCGACGAGUUUGAUAAGAUGAACGAUGCAGACAGGACGAGUAUCCACGAGGCCAUGGAGCAGCAGAGCAUCUCCAUCUCCAAAGCCGGCAUCGUCACCUCGCUGCAGGCCAGAUGCACUGUCAUCGCUGCGUCUAACCCCAUCGGUGGCAGGUACGACCCCUCCCUCACCUUUGCUGAGAACGUGGACCUGACAGAGCCCAUCGUGUCCCGUUUUGACGUGCUGUGUGUCGUCCGAGACACCAUCGACCCCGUGCAGGAUGAGAUGUUGGCGCGCUUCGUGGUCAGCUCCCACAUCAAACAUCACCCUAGCAACAAGGAGGCGGGCGUGGCCUUGGAGGAGGUGGUUCUGCCCAACACGUCUGAUGUGCCGCCGAUUCCCCAGGACCUCAUGAGGAAGUACAUCAUCUACGCCAAAGAACGGGUUCAUCCCAAGCUGAACCAGAUGGACCAGGACAAGGUGGCUCGUAUCUACAGUGACCUCCGUAAAGAGUCGAUGGCCACGGGCAGCAUCCCCAUCACUGUCCGCCACAUCGAGUCGAUGAUCCGCAUGGCGGAGGCUCACGCCAAGAUGCACCUGAGGGACUACGUGCUGGAGGACGACGUCAACAUGGCCAUCAGGGUGAUGCUGGAGAGCUUCAUCGACACGCAGAAGUUCAGCGUCAUGAGGAGCAUGAGGAAGACGUUCGCUCGCUACCUGGCCUUCCGCAGAGACAACAACGAGCUGCUGCUCUUCAUCUUGAAGCAGCUGGUUGCCGAGCAGGUCGCCUACCAGAGGAACCGAUACGGAGUCCAGAACGACACCAUCGAGAUCGCAGAGAAAGACCUGCAGGAUAAGGCCCGACAGAUCAACAUCCACAACCUGACGGCCUUCUACGACAGCGACCUCUUCCGCUCCAACAAGUUCAACCACGACGGGAAGAAGAAACUGAUCCUGCAGCAGUUCUAGGACCCUCGCUACUCGUUCCUCCUCCUCCUCCUUUUUUUCUCCUCCGCCCUAGAAAAGUGCUUCAUGAACUCUGUUCCAAGGCCCCAAGUUUUUCAUCGUGUCGGACUCCAAAGGUGAAGUCUGACCUGCUGCCUGGAAGGACUCUAUUCAACAUGUUGGAGGAAGCCGACAGUUUCCACCCGACAGAUGAUGAUCCGAGUGAGCUGCACGCGGCAGUAAAGCUCCACCGACAUGUUUCUGUCUGAGCUUUUAAAAUAAUCUCAAAGUAGCAUAAAUGAAAAAGAGGUGGAUGUGCCGACAGAAGUGUGGUCUGCAAAAUGAAAUGAAGAGUUCGACUCAAAAGAGGGAGGUAACGUUUGUGAAAUAACCUCGAUGAAAGUGAGUUAAUCGGUAAAAUAUUCAGAAUGUUACAGAUGAAUAACAGAAUCUAACUCUUCACGUCCACCCUGCGCUGCUUCCUGCUGUUCUGUCUCCUCCCAGGUUUAUCUCUGUACCUGCCCUCAGGUGGGGCUGACUGUAAAUAAAUGUACAUGUUCAUGUCCGUGUUGUUGAAGAAACGGGAUUCAUUGUUUCACUUAAAUUUGCCUGUGUUCACCUCUGAAGUGAACGUAGCUGGAACAUUAAACCUGUCAGAUAAUUAAAAGUCACACAAAGUACUUAAAGAGGUUAAAAUAAAAUGUUUGUUGUUGGAAUUCACUUGUUGUUGGAUUGUAGGUCUGUUUUGAUAUUAAACUUGUAUUUGUUAAACUUG